CGGAGUACGUCGCGGUCGGUACACAACACCGAAGAAUUCAAGAGACAUUCUAACCUGAAAAUAUAUUGUGUUUGUUUACAUUGAACGUAAUGUCGUCGGGGGUAUAAUGGACAAGGGUGAGGAGACGGUCGUUUUCGUACUGGACACCCCGAAAAUGCACCCGAGGUACCGGUACCGUCGGCUGUUGCAAUUGUUCGUCUUCUUGGUGUUCGUUUUGUAUAUGGGAUUGUUGUUUUACCAUAGUUUUUAUGGGGGCGUAAACGAGGUUUCUGGGGUUUCAGUCAAGGACAAAUUGUUAUUUCCAAAGAAACGGGUGGUGGAACGCACCCUUUCCCAAGAGUCAUCUUUGAGCGACGCCUAUGAACUGUUGACUACAGAAACGUCCUCUGCUACGGCCACCAUUAGGCCGCCCACCACCACUCUGGACGACGUUUUUAUUAGCGUGAAAACCACCAGGAACUACCAUAGCAGUCGGCUACCGAUCAUCUUGAAAACGUGGUUUCAGUUGGCCAAAAAACAGACGUGGUUUUUCACCGAUACGGACGACCAGGAGUUCCAAAUAAAGACAAACAACCACAUGAUCAACACCAACUGUUCGUCUUCCCACAAUCGAAAGGCGCUCUGCUGCAAGAUGUCCGUCGAGUUCGAUACUUUUUUAAACACCGACAAAAAGUGGUUUUGUCAUUUUGACGAUGAUAACUACGUGAACGUGCCACGCCUAGUCAAGUUCCUGGGGGAUUAUAACCCGAGGGAGGAUUGGUACCUUGGGAAGCCCAGUAUCCAGGCUCCCUUGGAGAUUGUUAAUAAGGAUAAGAAAUCGCAACGUGUGAGAUUCUGGUUUGCAACUGGUGGCGCUGGAUUUUGCCUAAGCAGAGCCCUCGCCCUAAAAAUGAUGCCUAUAGCCAGUGAUGGUAAAUUUAUCAGUAUUGGUGAAAGGAUUCGGCUUCCCGAUGAUGUCACCAUGGGAUAUAUUAUAGAGCACCUCCUCAAGAAGCCUCUGACGGUCGUAGAUCAAUUUCACUCGCAUUUAGAGCCGAUGAAGUUCAUCCGGAGGGAUCUUAUUGAGGAUCAGAUAUCGUUCAGUUAUGCCAAAAUCAAGGAUGAAUGGAACGUGGUCAAAAUCGACGGUUUCGAUGAGACUUAUGACCAAAACAGGUUUUUGUCGUUGCAUUGUUUCCUCUUUCCGAGGUUCAGCUUCUGCCCGACAAGGAGAAAACGAUGAGACGACCAUAGAAAACGUCUCCGAUUGGUCAGAAUAUACGGGUGAUGACGAUAACAACGCCAAGCGUUUUAUUAUGUAUAUAUUAAAUUGUAUAUAGCCCCUAAUUGUGUUGUUAAAACAACAUAACCUAAGAAGAGGAAUAAUAAAACCGUCAUUUUGAAUGUAGUAAGCUUGUUAGGCAACCGUUUUGUUUAAUGACGUUUGGCACCUGUCAAAGCUGUCUUGUUGUGACACCUGUCAAAACUGUCACUGUGAUUUUUUCGAAAAAUUCGUUUCGCUUUAUCGGUGCAACUAUUUUAUGUUUAGUUAUCUGUGAUUUAAUUUUAUUGUAUUAUUGUUUUGCCUGUGUGUUGUAUGUACAUAAGGUUCGGAUUUAUCAACCAAGAAUACCUAAACAUAUUAAUAUCCAUGUCGUGUAAAUCAAUAGGUUAAAGUGCAAUUAUUGUAUAUAAAAAAAUAAUCCCAGUUGCUCAAUGUAACGAAGCAAAAAAAUCAAAUAUAGCAGCAAAUGUAAAAAUCUAUUUAUUUAUUAUUAAAAUAUGUUUAUUUACUGUAAUAACGUAUUUAUAAGGCAAAUCGUGCGUUGUUGUGAAUAAAUGAUUUUUGUUAUUUUA